AUGGCAGGUCCGCUACCUAAGAAAUCUAAAAUAAAUGUUCGGACAUUCCAGCCCUCGUGGACAGAAGAGUGGGGUUUUGUGUUUCAGAAGGACCGUGCUAUGUGUACUUUAUGUCUGGAAAAUGUUGUCUGCCGGACGUCAAGUGUCAAACGGCAUUUUGAGACCAAACACAAGACAACUUUCAAGGAUGAGGCAGACAAGGCUGAAUCCAUCAAAUGUGCCAUGUCUGGUUAUGGGAAACAGGCAAACACUCUCAAAGCCUUUGCCACUGCUAACAAUGAUUCUACCGAAGCAAGCUAUCGCAUUGCUCAUUGCAUCGCGAAACAUGGAAAGCCAUUCACUGACGGUGAAUAUAUUAAGGAGGCUUUCCUCUGUAGCUCAGAGGUUUUGUUUAAUUCCUUACCAAACAAAGAGACAAUAAAAUCAAGAAUAAAAGCAAUUCCAGUGUCAGCCAGAUCUGUUGAACGACGCAUCGAGGAACUGGCAGAAAACGUUUGCGCGCUGCAGACAGCUGGUUUGAAAGAAGCCACGGUAUUCAGCGUUGCACUGGAUGAGAGCGUGGACGUGAACGACAUACCACGCUUGGCAGUCAUGGUAAGAUACUGUGAUUCGACUGUAAGAGUAGAGCUUUGCUGCUUAAAACCAAUGCCUGAAACAACAAAAGGUGAGGACAUAGCCAAAGUUUUUAUGGAGCAUUUUGAGGAGCGAGGGAUUGACAUAAGCAAGAUUUUUGCAGUGACAACAGAUGGCGCUCCCGCCAUGGUCGGGCGAAACAAGGGUGCGGUCACAUUAAUUGAGAAACAAGUCGGUCACCCCGUCAUGAGACUCCACUGCAUAAUACACCAAGAAAACCUCUGUGCAAAGAUGUCAAAUUCAGAUCUUAACGAGGUUGUGGCCACAGUGGUGAAGAUUGUUAACUUCAUAGUCAAGCGAUCUGCUCUGACACACCGACAGUUCCAAUCCCUGCUGGAGGAAAUGGACAGCUCAUACAAAGAUCUCCCUCUCCACUCGGCAGUUAGGUGGCUAAACUGUGGAAAGGUUUUGGAGCGGUUUGUUGGCUGCUUUGAUGCCAUAAGGGCCUUCCUGGCUAAAAAAGGCCAAGACUUUCCAGAGCUCGAGGAUGAGAAAUGGGUCGUGAAACUUAUGUAUCUCACAGAUAUUACUGGACACCUCAACGAGCUCAAUUUCAAACUGCAAGGCGCAGGUCAAACUGUUUUGGACAUGUUUGACACAUGGAAGGCUUUUGUUGGAAAGCUGGCAGUUUUUUCAGAUUAUGUGGCCACUUCCACUUUCCGCUACUUCACCCACUUGAUGGAGCUGUCCAUGCAGCACAGCAUCAGCACAGCUGAAAUAUGCAAAUACAUCAGCGAGCUGGAGUCGGAGUUUACAACACGAUUCGGGGAAUUUCAGAAGUAUGGACCCAUGUUCUCUUUCUUGAUCAAUCCCGACAGCUUUGAUGGACAUGAACUGGAUGUAUCUGUGAUAGGCUGGCUGGAUACACAGGACAUGAUAAUGCAGCUGAUUGAGUAG